CCAAUAUAUUGGUUGUUUGGGGGUAUAUACUCUGAAGUUCACGCAGGGCUACCGUUCCUGGACGAUAACGAUGUGGUUUUUUAACACCACCUGUAGCUGGUGCACUCUUACGCGCAGCUUUAGUAGCCAUUUGCUUCCGUAGCGCCUUCCCACCCGUACUUUUGCGAGCAGUUUGCAUCGUGCGUGCCAUGACUGUGAAGACACCUAUGAUCAGAUACCAGUGAUUAGCCUGACUAAAAUGUAAAUAUAUUUCCACAUCAAAACUCAAUGUCAAUCCGGCACAACUCAACAAUAAUAAGGAUAGGAGAACAUGUAGUUCAUCUAACGUCUAUCAGACUAUCUACAAGUCUGACUUGGUAAAUAAGCGAUCCUCACCCACACAUCAAUGUCCAACCAUUUUUGACAGAUGAAUAUCUCGCCCAUGCGACAAGUGAUGUAAAUUAACGAAAGUCUAACUAAACUUCUGAGAUGAUGGAGACUAUUCGUAGCCCACGAUAAGGGUAACGGAAGCAUUUUAUUCUCUGAGUUAGAUAGUUUAGUCAUGAAGUGUUCAUUAUCUUCCCGCAAACCAACAUAUUAUAUUUGUCUUUAAUGUGUGUUCUGGUGUUGUUCCGAAGGAUAGUGAAAGCUUCAUGAGCUUUUGGGUUCCGUUUGAAGAUCUCAUCACAUGCCAACCCACAAUGUAUGGUGAGAUAUUAGCUACUGCAUACUUCUCUUAAUAUCGUACCUAAAGAUCAGUCUAGUAAUGUUCAAGAAAAAUAAAAUACGUAAAACUCAAACUAAUAAAUCAGUGAACUCAUCCAUAUCAAAUUUAGCAGUUUGUAGUAAUGAAUCGAAAAUAAUAAAUAAUAGGAAACGUAUACGUGAUGGAACUCCUUUGUCUUCUGCAUCAUUUCAACCAAAUGCAAUACCGUUUACAACUAGUUCAUCAUUUAUUCCUACUAGUUCCACACUGUCCUCUUCAUUGUAUAUGGAAAACUUGUCAGUAAAGAUUUGGGAAUUAUAUGGUAGAACAAAACAAAGUCCUCUAAAAUAUAAAAAGAAAAUUUGUCUGCUUAAUGCUUUGCAUAUGGUUAUAUCAGGUGUGUUCGAAAAUGCUGGUUUGUAUAUUGUUGGCUCUUCAAUAAAUGGUUUCGGUUCAAAUCAAAGUGAUAUGGAUAUGUGUUUACUUGUAACAUCACGGGAUUUACAUCAGAAAAAUGAAGCUACAUUUAUACUGAGUCGACUUUUACAAUCUUUAAGAAAGUGUCGUUUCCUUCAUAAUUUCAGUUUAAUUCGUGCUAAAGUUCCAAUUAUAAAAUUUCGUGAUAAAUAUACCGGGAUUGAUUGUGAUUUAAAUGUAAAUAAUGUAAUUGGAUUAUAUAAUACACAUUUAUUAGCUAUGUAUGCAAAAGUUGAUUGGCGUGUUAGACCAUUGGGAAUUUUCAUUAAACAUUGGGCUCAAUGUAUGGAUAUCCAUGAUGCUCAACGUGGUCGUCUAUCCACUUAUUGUUUACUUUUAAUGCUUAUUCAUUAUCUUCAAACUGCUUGCAUUCCACCGGUCCUACCUAAUUUGCAAGAAAAAUUCCCAGAAUUAUUUAAUUAUACUAUACCACCAUAUGAAUUAGAUAUGAAUGGUCAAUUACCAUGGAAUGAAUUAAAAUCAACUAAUUUGAAUAAUUUAGGUGAAUUAUUUAAAGGAUUUAUUUAUUAUUAUACAAAUGAAUUUAAUUUUAAUAAAUGGGCUAUUACAAUACGUCAUAAUAGACCAUUCAUGAAAAAUAUAACUAUGAAACAAUUGACAAUUUAUGAACAAAAUUAUAUCAUGAAUAGAAAUUGUAAAAUUUUUAUUGAAGAACCAUUCUCUCAAACAAAUGCUGCACGUUCAAUACACUCUGAUAAUAUUGUAUCAUAUAUUAAACAAGCAUUUAUUAAAACAAAUGAAAUUCUAUCUAAUCAAUGUCCUUUAGAAUCAAUUAUGGAACUAGGAAUCAAUUGAUUUUGAUUGUUUAUUAUAAAGAAAAAAAUACCCAAAAAAAAUCGAUGAAGAAUGCUGAUGGGCGGUGUCUGUGCUCCUCCACGAGGGUUAACGGCAGUAAGUAAAUUAGUAUGUAAUAUACUAAACUUUGUAUUAUAUCUUUCUAUUAGUCUACAGACUGUCGUUGAUCAGGAACUAAUUCUUAUAGAACUCUUGUUUCUAUCUACUUUGCUUUGUAUAGAUAAAUUUUUCAAUUUUUUUUGGGGGGGAUUUUUAUCAAUGCAAGUUGGAUGGUAUUCAUUGAAUUCUUUCAUUGUCAUAUAUGAAAGAUUCUUUCAUUUGUAUUUCUUUAGUUUAUAUAGAAAAAGAUUGUACAUAUCUCUCUUUAUUCUGUUCAACUUGAUCAUUGAACUAAUAAGUUCACUUGUUUGUUUUAACUUAUUCAUUUCCGUAUUUUUUUUGUUGUGGCGCGAAUUCAAAUUUCUAAUAAUCGAUUAUUUUUCUCUAUCGAAUAAUCCACUGAUGAUAUUUAAAAUAAUAACAAUAAUAAAAACAAAUCAUUUAUG